CAUCAAAAUUUGAUUAUAACUCAUGCAGUUGGAAGGAAAAUUGCUAGCUCAAAAUACUGUAGAAUGUGAUAAUAAUUUACAUGCUCAGAUCAACACUUUGAGAAAGGAAUUAGAUGAAAAGACAGAUGCAAUGCAAGAUUUAGAAAGUCUUAACUGUGUUCUGACGGUUAAAGAGCGUACGACUAACCAAGAGCUACAAGAGGCUCGCAAAGAAACAGUGGAGAGCUUGCAAGAUAUGUUGAAUGGGAGAUCACAUCUGGGAAUAAAAAGAAUGGGCGAGAUUGACUGGAAACCUUUUCAACAUAUGUGCUCACAAAAAUUCCCUGGUAUGGACUGGAAGAAGAUAUCUGCUGAGUUAUGUUCAAAAUGGCAAGAAAGAUUAAGAAAUCCACAAUGGCAGCCCUUCAAGAUUGUUAUGCUAAAUGGUGAACCACAAGAACAAAUAGAUGAAGAUGACCAAAACUUGCGAGAGUUGAGGAAUGAAUGGGGUGAGGAUGUAUACAAGGCUGUAACCAAAGCACUGCUGGAAAUAAAUGAAGUCAAUGCCAGUGGAAGGUAUGCGGUACCAGAAAUUUGGAACUUAAAAGAGGAAAGGAGAUCCAGCAUGAAAGAAAUCAUUCAAUACUUAAUCAAGCAAUUGAAGACUCAUAAGCGUAAAAGAAAACGCCGCUAAUGUCGGUUGUACACUGUAAGUCUGUACAAGUAGAGGUAGCAGAAGCAUCAUUCACUGGUUGACUAUAUGAUAGAAGACAAAUUGACGCCACAGUUAACAGAGCUGAAACAGACAUUAAUGUCUAAAAAGAGUAGAUACAUUUAGCCUAGUGAUGAAUUUCCCAAUACUUGACUGUAUUUAACUUUACAUUGCUUUAAAAGCUGUUGAUUUGGUGCUGCACAGAGAAAAUGUAAUAGGAUUGUACUUGAGUUGGCACAGUUUGCUAGGGUUUAUCAGGCUUUAGUUUGGAUGGUGAAUACCCGUCCAAGCAUUGAGCAAAUUGUAGCAAAUGAUGUACAACAACUAUAACUUCUUUUCGAUAAAAUUAUCUGCCGUAUUA